AGCACCUAAGGGUGCCCUGUGGGCCUGCCGGCAUGGCCCAGCAGCGCCGUGUCCAGCUUUCCACCCAGCGUCCCACCAGCACCGUCUGUGUGCUGGGCACCGAGAUCUCCCUCGAUGUCUGUGGAUCUGCACCCAAAGACGCCGUCUCCUUCCACGUGCAGGGGACGCCGGGUGUGAAGCUCUAUGUGGUGCAUGAGACACAGAGCAUCAAGUUGCCCUCCAGCGUGUGCCGCUGGCCCUUGGCUGCCAACGCCGAGGUGCUGCUGGCCAUGGAUUCUCUCAGCAAGGAUGUGGGUGAUGAGAAGGUCAGGAUUUCUUAUUUCGGGGAGGGCGGCGGGGUGCCCGUGGGCAGAGCCAUGCUGUACCUCACCUGUGUGGAGAUCUCGUUGGACGCUGACACCAGCCGCAGCGGAGCCGUGAGCAAGACGCUGCUGGAUAAGGCAACGUGGACAUGGGGUCCUGAUGGACGUGGGGCCAUCCUGCUGGUGAACUGUGACCGGGAUGAUCCCAAAAGCGACGCACUGGAUAACCACGACACUGCCAUCCGCUCCUACGAUGACCUGAAGGACAUGUCACAGAUGGUGCUGUGGACCCGAGGACCCCGCACCAUCUUCACUGGCCACCACCUCGUCCUUCAUGUGGACUACAGCGACGCCGAUAAAGUCGGUGUCUUCUACGGUGGCAACAGUGUUUCUCUGGAGGAGUACAAACAUGUGCUGGGGGGAUCCAAGCUUGCCUACACCAUCAAACCCAGCCGGCACCAGGAGGAGAGCAUCUUCUACGUGGAGGGACUCGCCUUCCCUGACAUUGGCUUUUCAGGCCUGGUGGCUUUCCAUGUCACACUGCUGGAGAGCCCUGAGAAGGGUUUGCUGGAGACUCCCAUUUUCACUGACACAGUGGUUUUCCGUGUGGCCCCCUGGAUCAUGACCCCCAACACGGCAGCACCACUGGAAGUCUUUGUCUGUAGUGUGGACAACAACGAGGAUUUCGUGGCAGCUGUGGGUGCCAUGGCUGAGAAAGCCAAGUGCCCACUCACCAUCUGCCCACUGCCAGAAAACCGUGAGGACCGCUGGAUCCAGGAUGAAGUUGAAUUUGGCUACGUUCAAGCCCCCCACAAGACCUUCCCCGUUGUCUUUGACUCACCCCGUGACCGGGAGCUGAAGGAUUUCCCCGUCAAGAGGAUCCUGGGCCCUGACUUUGGUUAUGUGGCCAGACAAGCACCAGAGGGUGCUUCCAGCCUCGAUUCCUUUGGUAAUUUGGAGGUGAGCCCCCCCGUGACAGUGAGGGGCAAAGAAUAUCCCUUGGGCCGCAUCCUGAUCGGCAGCAGCUUCCCCAGAUUCGGUGGGCGGCGCAUGGCGAAAGCUGUGAAGGAUUUUCUCGUUGCCCAACAAGUGCAGUCACCAGUGGAGCUGUUCUCAGACUGGCUCCAUGUUGGCCACGUAGAUGAGUUCCUUACCUUUGUCCCUGCACCUGAUAGGAAGGGAUUUCGGCUGCUCCUGGCCAGCCCCAGCGCCUGCUACCAGCUGCUCAAGGAGAAGCAAGAGGAGGGGUUUGGCGAGGCAGCAAUGUUUGGAGGCCUGGCAGAGGUGCCCAAGCCAACAAUCAGCGAGAUUCUGGCUAACGAAGGCCUCCGGAAAUUCAAUAAUUAUGCACAGAGCUGUGUCAGCUGGAACAGGGACAUCCUGAAGCGGGCUCUGGGACUGGCUGAGCCUGACAUCAUUGACAUCCCCCAACUCUUCCGAGGUGACAUGGCCACCGGUGCCAAAGCCUUCUUCCCUGACAUGGUGAACAUGCUGGUGUUGGGCAAACACUUGGGCAUCCCUAAACCCUUUGGACCAGUGGUGGGUGGGCAGUGCUGCCUGGAGCAGCGGGUACGGGCGCUGCUGGAGCCCCUGGGCCUCACCUGCACCUUCAUUGACGACUACUUCUCCUACCACGUCCUCUCUGGGGAGGUUCACUGCGGCACCAACGUCCGCCGCAAGCCCUUCGCCUUCAAAUGGUGGCACAUGGUGCCUUGAAGUGGCUUCAGAACCAACUCCUCCUCCCCUAAACCCUCUCGCCAUCCCUGCAAGUGCCUUCGGCUGCAGCCA